AUGAGAUCCCAAAUCUUAGCUACCGGUCUCCUUGCCGCGGGCGCAUCUGCGUUGGAAAAGCGCGCUUGUACUGCGACGGCGGAGUGGCCCGGCUUCGCUGGCGUCAAGCAUGCUUUCGUCUUCGGCGACUCUUACUCCCAGACUGGCUUCAACACCUCGCUCGAAGCUCCCAACCCGUCUAACCCCCUCGGCAACCCUUCGUACCCGGGCUGGACCUCCGCCAACGGGCCCAACUGGGUCGACUAUCUUACCGUCAAGCACAACGCCUCGCUCUUGUACACAUACAACCUUGCCUACGGCGGCGCAACGGUGGAUGCUUCGCUCGUGAAGCCCUACGCCGACACGGUGUUGACUCUCAAGGACCAAGUCCAGACCGUCUUCAAGGGAGCUUACUCGUCGCACGCGGCGCCCGCCUGGACCGGCAAGGACUCGCUCUUCGCUUUCUGGAUCGGCGUGAAUGACAUCGGUAACUCGUACUGGAACGGCGCGGCGGCAACCUCUGCCCUCAACGCGAAGAUUCUGGACGUCUACCAGGGGCUGGCGAAGGAGUUGUACGAUGCCGGCGCGAGGAACUUUGUGUGGCUGACCGUGCCGCCCGUCGACCGCACCCCGAUGCUGCUCGCCGAGAACGCCGAUGCGCAGAAGCUGGCCAAGGACGACAUUACCGAUUUCAACGCCAGGAUCGGCGACAUGGCGAAGAACGUGACGGGAUGGGAGGGCGUGAAUGCGUGGGUUGUCGACGCCAACGCCGUAUUCAACCAGGUCUUGGACCAGCCCACCAAGUUCGAGAGCACCGCCGGAUUGAAGAACACCACGGCCUACUGCAAGGAGUACGAGAACGGAACCAACAACCAGGACACGCUCAUCGCGAGCUGCGGCGUCAAGCCGAGCGAGUACUUCUGGCUCAACACCCUGCACCCGACUUCUGCCAUUCACGACGCCGUCGCCGAGACUGUUGCGUCGGCUUUGGGUUCUCAGCCCAACGGUUGCUGA